AGCGACGGACUUCAAACGGAAAAUUUUGUUAUAGCUUCUUUCUUGUUCAGUUCCGCUUCCGACAAUCAAACACCACUUCUUUGGAUGAUUUGGAAUCUCUGUUUCAGCUUCUCUGUUACUGCCGCAACUGGAGAUGCAUAAGUCGAGUUCUUGUUUCUGUCAGAAUCUGGAGUUUAAUUUCGUCAGGUGAUACGGUUCUUGUUCUUGAAAUCCUGAGCUUUGAUUCCUAGGGUUUGUUAGAAUUGGCGAAUUGGGUUGUUAUAAAAAUAGGGUUUUUUUUUAGUUUCGUUUUCAUAGCGUCUUGUUCUGUGUAGUUUAGGCUAAGAAUUAUAGAAAUUGGGGGUUAGGGUUUUGUUAGAUUAGAGUUUGCGAGAUGAGAGGAAGAUCGUAUCGGUUUUCGAGUACGGAUCCUCAUGAGGAUUGGGGUAAUGAACUUUGGACUGUGGAUUGUGUUUGUGGUGUGAAUGACGAUGAUGGAACAGAGAUGGUUAAAUGUGAUGAUUGUGGUGUUUGGGUUCAUACUCGUUGUUCUCGUUUUGUUAAAGAAGAAGAGCUUUUUACUUGUGAUAAGUGUAAGAGCAAGAACAAUGUUAAUGAUAGCGAGGAGACUGAGGUUGCUCAGUUGUUGGUUGAAUUGCCUACUAAAACCUUGAGAAUGGAGAAUUCGUGUACUCGGGGUGUUCCGCCGAAGCGUCCUUUUAGGUUAUGGACUGAAAUUCCGACCGAGGAAAAGGUUCAUGUGCAAGGAAUCCCGGGUGGGGAUCCGGCUCUUUUUGAAGGGUUGUCGUCGGUUUUCUCCCGGGAGCUGUGGAAGUGUACUGGUUAUGUGCCGAAGAAGUUUAACUUUAAGUAUAGAGAGUUUCCAUGCUGGGAUGAGCAAGAGAAGGAUGAGAUUGAAAAUGACGGUGCAGGGGUUUUGUUUUCUAUGUCGAAGGAAAAUGUGAUUGCUGCUCCUGUGAGUGCUUUGGUUGGAAUGAAGAGCCUAGAUGGUAAAGGAACCAAUGAUUUGAAGCUUGGUUGUGCAAAAGACGGCAAUAGUGGGGACUCUGGCGAAAUGGAUAGAAAACAUUCUCAGGGUGCCAUGAAGAAGAAUAAGAGGUUGCUUCGUCCUAUGAUCACGAAUAAACGAAGAAAAGAAUUGUUCGGAGCUUCAAAAGAGCGGAUGAAGAAGAAGGUUGAAGGUGCAGACAAAGAAGAAGAUGAUAAGAAAGGGUUUGUCGGUAAAACAGGAAUUCGACCUGCCAGUGAUUCUAAACCAUCAGAAUCUCGUAAGGACAUAGAAGCAGAAGGUUUUACAAGCGACAUUGGGAUCACGAAGAGUGUAAAGGCCAAGAAAGCUUCUUUCGAAGAAUCUAAUAGUGGUGGCCUUGCUCUAGAAACUGGCGGUGAUGAAUCUGGUAAUACAGAAAUUGGUGUUGAAUGCUCCAGAGAACAGAAUCUUUCUGACGUUCAUGCCAAUGGUGCUGGAAAACAGGAAGAGAAAGCUGGUCAUCAUUUUCGAAUUGUGCUUAAGAGCUCUGCAUCUACUGAUCCUUCUGUCCUCGGAGGAAAAGAUGUUCCACACAAUGAGGCUAAUAAGGAGGAGGAGAGACAAGGCACAGUAGCUGACGUUCCGGAAGAUAAUGCAGUUGAUUCUUCUGAAAGUUCCCAGAAGCCUUCUCCUGUUUCCACGGUUGGUAAAACACGAGAAGGUGAAGAAAAAACACACAGUGGGAAAGUCAGUUCUAGAAAGAACAAAUUCCAAAAAGAAACAGCUGAUACUGGUGCCAGUGGAGCUGUAGGCCUGCAGACUCUAGACCCUAUGGAUUCUAAAGUGUCAGGGAGCUCUGUAUCUCAGAUCUCUGGAGCUUCUGAACUUAACAAAAUGACACCGGGCAGUUCACUUCCUGAUGAUCACAAACCGCAGCCUGUUGAUGUGGUAUCAGAAGGAAUAAGUAGUGGCAAUAGAAACAAAGCUAUGGAAUUAAAACGAGAACUGGUGGUUUCGGAAGCAGAAAAAGAUAUUCUGGAAACAAAGCCUGAAUCUGGUUUAUUUCAAGAGCCAACAAAGCCUUUCAGACCUAUUCCCCACACUGUUUCAGGAAAUGGUAGGCCUAAGAUGGUAGUAUGCAUUGGAAAAACAUCGUCAAGUUCAGCCACGGAAAAGUCUUCCCGCUCGAAGCAACAACCAUGUGAUGAUGCUGAUGCUAAUACCAAUGAUGAGGACUGUGUUUCCAGUGAUGUGAUCCGAGAGAGAGAUGGGGAUGAUGAACCUUCAGAGAAAGCUCCGAAACAUCCUAAAUUUUCUAUUACCUCUAAGAAAUCGAUGCAGCAUAAUCGUAUUUCCCAUUCUUCAGUUUCCAAGACUAGAGAGUCUUCCUCUGCUUCAAAGACAUCUUCAGCAGCUCGGAUUAAUGGUGGUUCUUCCGAGGCUCCUAGUAAACAUUCGCUUUCAGGGACCUUCCCGAAAAAUGAAAAGCCUGGACAAUCAAUAUUCCAGUCAUCAACUAAGAACCCUGUGCAGUCUAUAAUUUCCCUUGCUCCAAAUCUGAGCGAUGAAGAGCUUGCGUUAAGACUGCACCAUCAACUCAAUAGCUCUCCGCGAGUUCCUCGUGUACCACGCCUGAGACAGCCUGGUAGCUUGCCCCUGUCUCCAACCGCUCCUAGUUUUAAGCGCACUUCUAGUUCUGGUAGCAAGGAUCACACAACGUUUUCCAGAAGGAAAAACAAGGAUGCAUCCAAAGAAGGUUACCGCAAUUUACGUGAUGAUGAUAGAUGCAGUACAAGGAGUGCCAAAACGCGUCGCUCUCCUGAUAGGAGAACACAACAAGACAGUGGAAGCAGAGGGGGGAGUUUGUGUUCCAAAGGGGAAGAAAAUGAAACCCCCAAAACCUCUUCUUACUCCUCUCGGAAAGUACUUCUCCCGCCAAACUCGGCUACAAGCACAAGCAGCGGACCGUGUUCAUCCAGCGAGUUGAAUGAGCAUAAUAAGCCUUCUCCACACAGUUCCCCUAGGAAUAACGGCACUCCAGUACAUCGAACUUUGCCAGGCUUAAUCAAUGAAAUCAUGAGCAAAGGCAAGAGGAUGGCAUAUGAGGAGCUCUGUAACGCAGUCUUACCGCACUGGCCUCACUUGAGGAAACACAACGGAGAACGAUAUGCAUAUUCAAGCCAUUCACAGGCUGUUCUUGAUUGCCUGAGGAAUAGGCAUGAGUGGGCUCGUCUGGUUGAUCGUGGCCCCAAGACUAAUUCAGGGAAAAAGAAACGGAAGCUUGAUGCAGCAGAGGAGGAGUCAGAUGAGAACGAAAGCAGUAAGGGAAGAAGGAAGAGACUGCAUCAACAUCACUCUCAAGGAGAAGAAUUUCCUAAAGGAAAAAGGAAAGCAAGAAAACGGAGAAGGCUCUCGCUUCAAAGAAAAGGCAUUAAAGUGUUGAGAAAAAAGAGAAACCAAGAAGAAGACGAGGUAAGCGAAGAAGAUGAGGAAGGUGCGUUCUCGGAAACAAGUGACGAGAGCAUCUUCUGCGAAGAAGAAGAAGAAGAAGAAGAGGGCCACGCUACUGCUACUGGUACUGGACAAGUCUCUGCUAGUAGCUCUGAGGAAACUCAAGCCACUUCAUGAGCCUCAUUUCUCUUCUCUCUAUGUAAUAUAUAGAAAGUAUAUGUGUAUGCAUUAUGUAGCUCUGUGUAUUAUACCAAAAAGCUUUUUUCUCAGUAGACAAUACUAAUAAUUUAAGCUUGUCUAGAGGGACAUAUUGGGAAUGGGAUGAUCUUUUUGUGAGCUUGUAUUUACGUUUUUGACUUUUUGUGGUAAAAUAUAAGUUAGGAACAAAAAAA